CUGCGCACUGUCCCGCUCCCGUUCCUUUACAUCAUCCCGCCCCCUACCGCUUCUGAUUGGUCCGUCUCCUCUCGCUCCCCCGCAUUCUCCGCCCUCUGGUUGGUGCGUGUCCCUGUCCCUUGUGCCCGCACCUGCCGCUUCCUGGAGUCGGGGGGUCGGUGCGCGUGUUUGUGGCGCUGCCAUGUUUGUGUGGGACCUGCCGCCGGGAGGAGUAAUAACGUGCAGCAGCUUCUCACAGGACGAAUAAUGAAGGUCAUGUGAGCGGCGCCCGGUUGGACCUUCUGAGCUUAUGAAUAAAAGGCUUUGUGUUUCGGAGUCCAGAAUGGGUAAUUUUUGUCUGCAGAGGUGCAUCAGCAGCUGAGACUGAUCGAAUCUCCCAGCAUCCCGUGGGGGAGCAUGUAUAAGAGGAAUGGCCUAAUGGCCAGUGUGACAGUCACGGCCGCUACACCAGAGGGCAGCAGUAGUUCAGACUCUAUGGAUGGACAGAGUUCGGACUAUGCCAGUAAGAGUUACGACGCGGUGGUGUUCGAUGUGUUGAAAGUGACUCCCGAGGAGUUUGCCAGUCAGAUCACGCUGCUGGAUGUGCCGGUAUUCAAAGCGAUCCUUCCAGAGGAACUCGCCAGUUGUGGUUGGAACAAAAAAGAAAAGCACAUCCUCGCCCCAAAUGUUGUUGCUUUUACAAGAAGAUUCAACCAGGUCAGCUUCUGGGUCGUCCGAGAGAUUUUGACAGCACAGACGUUGAAAAUUAGAGCGGAAAUACUGAGCCAUUUUGUCAAGAUCGCUAAGAAACUUCUGGAACUGAACAACCUCCAUUCUCUGAUGUCCGUGGUGUCAGCGUUACAAAGCGCCCCGAUAUUUAGACUGAACAAGACCUGGGCUCUUCUGAAUCGAAAGGACAAGACGACCUUUGAGAAGUUGGAUUAUCUGCUGUCCAAAGAGGAUAACUGCAAGCGCAUGCGGGAGCACAUACGAAGCUUGAGGAUGGUCCCUUGUAUCCCCUACUUAGGAAUCUACCUUUUGGAUAUAAUCUACGUCGACUCCGCCUACCCAGCAUCUGGCAGCAUUAUGGAGAAUGAGCAGCGGACCAAUCAGAUGAACAAUAUCCUGAGAAUCAUCGCCGAUUUACAAGUCUCCUCCAUAUACGAUCACCUGGUGACGCUGCCUCAUGUACAGAAGUAUCUCAAGUCAGUCCGAUAUAUUGAAGAGCUCCAAAAAUUUGUUGAAGACGAUAAUUAUAAACUUUCGCUGAGAAUUGAGCCGGGGAACAGUUCUCCUCGCUUGGUUUCCUCUAAAGAAGACCUGGCAGGUCCCUCCGAGAUGACGGCCGCCAUGCGAUUCAACAGGAGACCAACGUGCCCCGACGCGUCAGUGGCCACCAACCUCCCGACUCCGCCCGUGUCCCGCCAUAGAAAGAGCCACAGCCUGGGAAACAACGUCAUGUGUCAGUUCAGUGUGGUUGAGAGUAAAAGUGCCACAUUUCCAUCCGAGAAACAGCGCCACCUGCUGGACGAUAGCGUCCUAGAGUCGCAGAGCCCAGUCAGGAACCAGUCGCAGGCCCCGGCCUUUACCAAUGGCAUCUCCUUAGGGAGCAGUGAAAGCUCGGAAUUCAGUGAAGAUGUAUCUGCUGGGCUGGACAGGGGUCGAUUGUAUGCCACCCUGGGACCCAACUGGCGGGUUCCUGUUCGGAAUUCUCCCAGAAGUCGCAGCUGUGUUUACAGCUCUACUCGUUCCGAGCGGGCCAGUGCUUGGAUACACACGGGAAUGGCGACAGUACGUCCCACGGGCGCCUACAGCUCCUUCGUAGGAAGCUCAUCCAGUGCCAUUGCCAUGGAGGGUCCACUCAGAAGGAAAACUCUGCUGAAAGAAGGAAAAAAGCCAACGCUCGCUUCUUGGACAAGGUACUGGGUGACCCUUUCUGGAUCAACGCUCCUGUACUUUGGACCAAAGUCUUUAAGAGGCAACGAACGGAAGCAUUACAAAUCUACGCCUAGUAAAAAGGUGUCCAUACUUGGCUGGAUGGUGGUAUUGCCUGACGAUCCGGAACAUCCCAGCAUUUUCCAACUCAAUAACCCAGAUAAAGGCAAUGUUUACAAGUUCCAGACCAGCUCCAGGUUCCAUGCGAUACUGUGGCACAAACAUCUGGACGACGCCUGUAAAAGUACCCGGCCGCCAGUGCCAGCUAACCUCAUGUCUUUCGAGUGAGUGGUUUGGUCCAUUUUGGAAUUGAAGUGCCAAAUUACCCAGCCAAAGUGGAUUUAUAUUGAAGACAACAUAGCUGAAAACCUUUUGCCCCUAUAGAGUAGAUUCGCCCUUCUCUGUGUCACCAGAAACUUGACAUCCAAGAUGGAUGGGCGAAAGCAAGUGACGAGGAAGCAGCUCUGAUUGGACGAAAGAGCUUGAGAUCAUUUUAUAAACUCUUCUGUUGUACCACGAAGCUGCUUUGUGUACCGGAACAACUAUUGGCCCAUGUUGGGUUUAAACCUCCUUCUGACGGACGCUCUAUUAACAGUGUUACGCAUAAUAAACUGUCAAUCGGAUCAGACCGUGUUUUUAGUUGACUUGUACCGAUUCGCUCGGCACCUUUUGUAGGACAUUUGACGACAAGAAGAACCCACUUUGGAUACAUCCCUCAAUGUUUUGUGCUCAGUACCAAAUCCAUGGAUUGUGUGACUGUAAAUACGAUUUUAACUUAAUUUUUUUUUAAUUCAUAAGACACUAAAGUUGUUAUUGUAUCAGUUUGUUUGUGGUCAUGAACUUGCCUGCGAUGUAACAUAACGAGAUGUUCUUUUUAUUUACUACAUUAGUAUAAGAAUGUAGGGGCUGGUUGGACCCAUUGAAGAUAACUCUAGUUUAUCUGGCAUAAUAUUUUUUAUUGUGUGUGUGUUAUUUAUACUUUAGUGUGGCGUCGGGUUACGUGGGUGCCCGGAAGGGGCAUCGUGGGUGGGGUACAGGCGCUAAGAGUCCGCCCCGCCUGGAAACUUCGCACCAGCAAAGAGAAUAAUCCGUGUUACAGACGACAGUUCUGCGCAUCAGAAUUGUUGAUUUACAUUAACGUGGAAAAGCCCCAAAACUGACCUUCUGCCCCACAAAUAAAUGUUGAAAGUAUUUAUUUAUGAUGACUGUGUACGUUUAAAUUGUAAGCUCCUCUGGGGCAGGGACUGAUGGGAAUGAUGUUUAAGUGGUGGGAAUAUGUUGAAAUUAUGGGUAGGAAGAGGAGGCAAGUCCCGAGGGUGCAAAGGAUAGGGGGGCACUAUGAACCUCUUCUUCAACUGCCUCCAGCCUCCUCUAACUCAAAGGUGCAUUAGAUCAGCAGCGAGUGUGGUGCCAAAGAGACAGUGUAAGUGGGUAAGUGUUAGGAGAGUAGAGUGGUGGAAAUGCUGGGGAGAGAGAGUAGUUGCCGAGCAGGAGGGAACGAUGAGGUCCUGUUGGGUUGAGCGAGGCCGGGGGCUUCUCUGUUGUGUUGGUCCGGCUCUGAAAGUCACAACUAUAUAAACAAAUGAUAAUAGUAAUAACUUCCAAGGAGUGGAAAGCCUUUGGCAACCAGAUUGAUCCCUUGGUUGCUCAUUUGAUGAGGCGCAACUGCAAUUCCCAUUAGGCCAAAGACUGUGUUGGUCAAAAAAGACAUUCACUGAGCCAAGGACGAUUGAGUCAGAAACGCUGUACCAGCCUCAUUCAACCCACCAGAUAGAUAGAGCUGAAGGACGUUCAGUCAAACCAGUCGGACUAGAAAGAAACUCAAUGAGCUUCUGUAUAUCACCCAACCGCUGGAAUUUGAGGGCACUUUGUGUGAAGUUCUUCAUCAUGGUCAAUGGGUGGUUUUUUACUUGGACUUGAUGGACUUGUCUUUCAACCUCAUCUGGUAAAUAACUUGUAAUUCUUUAUUAAUAAUAAUAAUAAUACACUGAUCCCUUCCAUCAUUCUUCGCCCCACAAAGAGUGUGAUCGCUGCAACAUUAACUGUCCCAAAACUAAAUCAAACAUGGCCUCCUGCCUUCCCUUUCAUCUUUCCGUUGACUCCUCCCUGUGACGGCUUUUUCCUGAGUUUACUAAGACGACUUUGUGGUUUAGCCGCUGAAGGAACCAUUUCCGCUGCACAUCGAUGUCUCGUUUAACAUUCCCGGGUGAUUUUUGAAUUUUGACACCAAUAAAUGUGAAUUGUAAACUUUG